CUGGGCUUUUUUUUAGAUGAAAUUCGAACCGGAACCUAUAGAUCGUUGUUUCACCCUGAACAACUAAUCACCGGCAAGGAAGAUGCAGCGAACAACUAUGCUCGUGGUCACUACACCAUCGGCAAGGAGAUCAUCGACUUGACCCUGGAUCGUAUCCAGAGGCUUGCUGAAAACUGCUCUGGGCUCCAAGGUUUUCUGGUCUUCCAUUCAUUCGGCGGCGGAACUGGAUCCGGAUUUACGUCACUGCUUAUGGAACGUCUUUCGGUCGACUUUGGAAAGAAAGCAAAGCUUGAAUUCAGCGUUUAUCCAGCUCCACAGGUGUCAACAGCGGUGGUAGAACCUUACAACUCCAUCUUGACUACGCACACAACUCUCGAACACUCAGAUUGCUCUUUUAUGGUCGACAACGAAGCUAUUUAUGACAUCUGCAGAAGGAAUUUAGACAUCGACCGACCUUCCUAUGCGAAUCUUAACCGCCUUAUUGGUCAAAUAGUUUCUUCAAUUACCGCUUCCCUCCGAUUUGAUGGAGCACUUAAUGUUGAUCUCACAGAAUUCCAGACCAACUUGGUACCGUACCCACGAAUCCACUUCCCACUUGCAACUUUCGCACCAGUAGUUUCAGCUGAGAAGGCAUAUCAUGAGCAACUGUCUGUUGCAGAAAUAACGAACAUGUGUUUUGAGCCUAACAAUCAGAUGGUAAAAUGCGAUCCACGGCAUGGUAAAUAUAUGGCUGUAUGUCUCCUCUUCCGUGGAGAUGUUGUCCCAAAAGAUGUGAAUGCAGCUAUUGCAUCAAUAAAAACCAAACGUAGCAUCCAGUUCGUAGAUUGGUGUCCAACCGGAUUCAAAGUGGGGAUUAAUUAUCAACCACCAACUGUGGUUCCCGGCGGUGACUUAGCAAAGGUCCCACGAGCAGUCUGUAUGUUGUCCAACACCACCGCCAUUGCUGAAGCUUGGGCUAGACUAGAUCACAAAUUUGACCUCAUGUAUGCUAAACGUGCAUUCGUUCACUGGUACGUCGGUGAAGGGAUGGAGGAAGGAGAAUUCUCUGAAGCAAGAGAAGAUCUGGCUGCCCUUGAAAAAGAUUAUGAAGAGGUUGGGAUUGAUUCUGCGGACAACAACCCAGAAGAUGGAGAAGAAUAUUAAUA